AUGGAGCGGGCUCCAAACCUGCACUGCCUUUGGGCACUGAAUGUGCCACCUCAAGGUCAGCGUGGUCCUGCCAUCACCUGGCGAGCCCUGGCAGGAGGGACAGCUCCCCUUCCGUGCCAGUCCUGCAGCCCAAGCAGACAUCCUCUUCUUCCUCAGCUUCUCCUCUGCAUCUUCACCUUCGCCAUGGUCCUGGUGCCCGAAGCCAAGGACCAGAGCAAGGCAGCCAAGGGCAGGAGAAGGGGCCUGGCACGGCCACCAACAGCCCCCCCUGCCCUGGCCUGGGUGCCCGAGGACCCCUACAGCAGCAUGGCAGAGUACGAGCACAGCAUCCAGGACAUGGUGCGCCAGCUGAGGAACGGCUCCAAGCCGGGGGACACCAAGUGCCAGGUGAACCUGAGGCUCUGGAGGUCCAACCGGAGGAGCCUGUCCCCCUGGGCCUACAGGAUAAACCACGACGCCGCACGGAUCCCGGCAGACAUCCCCGAGGCCCGCUGCCUGUGCACUGGCUGCAUCAACCCCUUCACCAUGCAGGAGGACCGCAGCAUGGCCAGCGUUCCCAUCUACAGCCGCCUGCCCGUGCGCCGCCGCCUCUGCCCGGCCCGCCGGCCCUCGGGCAACGAGAAGUGCCCCAAGAAGUACCAGAUGGUGAUGGAGACCAUCGCUGUGGGCUGCACCUGCAUCUUCUGA